AUGCGUGGGGGCAGGCCCCGCCCGUUCCAGGAUUCCAUGGCAGGUCACGCCCGCCCAUCCCAGGAGGCGUGGCAGGCCCCUCCCGCCCGUCCCAAAGGACGCGUGGGCGGGGGCCUAGCCCGCCCCCCCUCAUCCCAUGGACACGUGGCGGGUUUUCUUUCCACCCCUCCCCCAACCCCUUUUUCCCAGGACAACGUGGGGGGCUUGCCCUCGCCCCUCCUGCAGGCCCUCCGUCCCACACAACGUCUUAGGGACACGUGGGGGCCCCGCUCUCGCCCAUCCCUGGAGCAUGGGGACCCCCGCGCCCCGCCUGUUUCCCAGGAUGUGUGGCUUGGGCCCCUCUCCGCCCGUGUCCCAGGAUGCGUGGCAGGCCCCACCCGUCCAUUCCAUUUGGAUAUCAAGGCAGGUCUACGGCCCGCCCCGCCCGCCCGUUCCCGGGAACGGUCGUGGGGCCUAGCCCGGCCCAUCCCUGGACACGGGCUACACACCCGCCCAUCCCGGGAUGCAAGGCAGGACCCGGCCUUCCGCCCAUCCCGGCAAAAAACCAAUUGGUGGGACUCCCCGCCCCAUCCCGGGACACAUGAUGGGCCUCGCCAGCCCGUCUCGGGACACGUAGCGGGCCUCGCCCACCCGUCUCAGGAAACGUGGCGGGCUUCGCCUGCCUGUCGAGUGACAUGUUGCGAGCCUCGCCCGCCCUUCCCGGGACACAUGGCGAGCCUCGCCCGCCGUCCUGGGACACGUGGCGGGCCAUACCAGCCCUUCCCGGGACACUUAGCGGGCCACACCCACCCGUCCGUGGAUGCAGGGCAGACCCCACCCGCCCGUCCCGGGACGAGUUAA